AUGUCAAAUAUUCAUCAAACUGUACAACCUACACUCAAGGAUGCCUUGAAAUAUGUUAUUCGGAUCAGACAAUUGUUUGAAAAUGAACCUUCGAAUUAUGAAUAUUUUAAGUCAUCAUUGAUAUCUUAUUUUCAAGCAAAGAUCGACGAACGAACGUUAAUAGUAAGAAUGGAAAAUCUAUUUCAGGAAUGUCCAGAUAUAAGGAAUGAACUUUAUUGGUAUUGCUCUCCGACAUAUUGGAAUAUACACCAACAAUCCAAACUAUCGCCACCAUCACCACCUCCGUCGUCAACGAAAAAUCAGAUGAUGAAUAUAAAUAAUUUCGUUAUCAAUAAGAAUCAUAAUAACAUUGAAGAAGGAGGUGGAGAUGGAGUAGCUCAAACACAAUUAACACAACAAUUAAAAUCACCACAAAAUUAUUUCCAACCUUCUUUAAAUAAUUUUGAUAAAAUUAAUGAAAAUAUUAAUGAGAAUAUUAAUGAAAAUAUUAUUAAUGAAAAUAUUUAUGAAAAUAUUAUUAAUGAAAACAUUAAUGAAAACAUUAAUGAAAACAUUAAUGAAAACAUUAAUGAAAACAUUAAUGAAAACAUUAAUGAAAACAUUAGUGAAAACAUUAAUGAAAACAUUAAUGAAAAUAUUAAUGAUAAUCAACAAUCACAAAAAUCUAAGAACCAAACUGUCAUUGUUGAUGGAGAAAUAGAUAAUUCAACGGUAUCCACAGGACAGAGAUUACGAAGAAGUACUAGAACACGUAAACCAAGUCAGAAAGCAUUAGAAAGCGGCGGUUAUUGA